GGGUGGGGGAUGAGCCUUUGUUUGCCCUUGACUCUGUGUCCCUUUUCUGGAUUGCUCCAAAGAUCUCCCUUCCCCCAUUACUUCAAGGCCUUCUGCUGUGCCUUCUCUGCUUGCGCUCGGCUUCCAUAAGGCCCUCGGUUGGACAGGAAGCACAGCUCACUGUGAGAUGCUUAAGUCAAAUGAAUCCGGUUUCUGGAAAUGUCAUUAUUUCAGGAGGGAGUACAGGAGGGAGGGAAAGAAAAUAGUUUGGAUUUUUGUGGGGAAAUGAAAAGCAAGAGGCAAACUAGACGUUCUGUUCAGAAGAGAGGAAACAGCUUCUCCAGGCUUUAAAAAUUGGAGUGUGUUACUUUUGCUCUAUUUUUCCUCCAGCAGUAGGAAUUUUGCAUGAAUUGUACUUGGGGGAAAGAUUAAUUGGUCUAACCCAAGUCCUUGUGAGUAAAACAGAUCUGUAAUGGGUGGUUGGGAUGGAGAUGGAUAAGGAGCAGUCAAAAGGACAAAAAUAGAAAGUUCUUCCUUGGGAAAAGAUGGACUUACUACUCAGCUUGUUAUAUUUGCUUUUAUUCAGCAAAUGAUCACUGAGCCCCAUUGUGAUGAUGGUUGCAAGGGAGAAUACAGAGACAGUGAAAGGUGCAGCCCUUGACUUCCAGGUGUCAGACAGCUACAUCAUGGUCCUUGGGAGCAGAGAAGGGUACUGAGCUACCCUGGAAGGAAGCUAGCCUGAAUCCGACUCGGUGGAGCCGCGGGAAUGCUGUAUUCUCAGCCUGGGAAUGAGCGUGAGAGCGGAUUUCUGGUUGGGAGUUGGUGCUAAAUGGUUGGUGCAGCAGCUGUGUGGGUGGGAGAAAUGCUAGAACAUCUUGGGCAGUGAGGGUGAGGCUCAGUGGGAGUUUGUGAACCACCAUCAGCUCUGGAACAGGGAAGCAAUCUGAUAACUGAGGAAGAACGUGCACGUGACAGGGACGUGAUGGGCACGGGCAGAGAUGUGAGUUAAGACACAGUUGUGCCAAGAGCCCAGUGGAGAGUACAGACAAGGGGCAGGUCCAAGGGACUCAGCCGCAGACCGUCUGGGACAAGGCAGUCAUAGAGUGGAUUGAAGAGAAGGAAAAUGCACAGUGAAUCAGAUUUGAGGCUCCCAUGCCCCUGUUCAAAACGAGGUGAACAGGCACAUUUUACACUACUGAGGCACUCGCACUCCGUCGUGGAAUCUGGGCUGGAACUGAGUUUUCUUCUGAUGGUUGAACCAGUUACAUUUCAUUAUUUUUUCUUUUGAUGUUCUCCUCCCCACCCUCCACCCCCAGUUGUGAGGUGGGCUCAGUGUGUCUCCAUAGCUUUUGGCGCACUUAUGUGUUGAGUUGUGUUCAAGUGUCCCUCUCUCUAGGUGCUCCAGUGCAAGCCGUCACCACCAUGGCGUGAAUUAAGAGGCUGAAGACUCAUGUUAAGUGACAUGCUGGCAAACUUCCGUCUCCCUUUUGGGAAACAAAUGGAAGACUGCUGUGACCCCGCCCAUCUCUUUGCUAUGACUAAAAUGAAUUCCCCCAUGGGGAAGAGCAUGUGGUACGACGGGGAGUUUCUGUACUCAUUCACCAUUGACAAUUCCACAUAUUCUCUCUUCCCCCAGGCAACCCCAUUCCAGCUGCCAUUGAAGAAAUGCGCGGUGGUGGGCAAUGGUGGGAUUCUCAAGAAGAGUGGCUGUGGCCGUCAAAUAGAUGAAGCAGAUUUUGUCAUGCGAUGCAAUCUUCCUCCCUUGUCAAGUGAAUAUACGAAAGAUGUUGGAUCGAGAAGUCACUUAGUGACAGCUAACCCCAGCAUCAUUCGGCAGAGGUUUCAAAACCUGCUGUGGUCCAGAAAGACGUUUGUGGACAACAUGAAAAUCUAUAACCACAGCUACAUCUACAUGCCUGCCUUUUCUAUGAAGACGGGGACCGAGCCAUCCCUCCGGGUUUAUUAUACACUGUCAGAUGUCGGUGCCAACCAAACAGUGCUUUUUGCCAAUCCCAACUUUCUCCGUAGCAUUGGAAAGUUCUGGAAAAGCAGGGGAAUCCAUGCCAAGCGCCUGUCCACAGGACUCUUUCUGGUGAGCGCAGCCCUGGGCUUGUGCGAAGAGGUGGUCCUCUAUGGCUUCUGGCCCUUCUCUGUGGAUAUGCACGAGCAGCCCAUCAGCCACCACUACUAUGACAACGUCUUGCCCUUCUCUGGCUUCCAUGCUAUGCCGGAGGAAUUUCUCCAGCUCUGGUAUCUGCACAAAGUCGGUGCAUUGAGAAUGCAGCUAGACCCGUGUGAGGAUACCUCCCUCCAGCCCACUUCCUAGGGACAGUGGAAGAAGGAAGGACUGAGCCAGGGUAUUUUUGUUAGCUUUUCUACAUGACUGCAGAAGGGGAAUGGUCACGCUGUUUCAUGGAUUUUCAGAGACCGCUUGGGAAACAGGACAACCAAACUCCAUGCAAAACUUUGCUUUUAGUAAUGGCUAGGAGGACAAACAAGAAAUGAACUAGCCUGUGAAACAUUUUAUCACCCGCCAUGGAUUUGCAACUAGUACAAGGCUGAUGAAGCAGUGUUUGUGAAGCACACGUCCAUGGGUCACAUCUCGAAGAUGCAAUUGAAAAACAAGGCAAACUCUAGUCAUUGAGGCUGAGGAGGUAGAAUAAAGUCUACCUGCAGGGGCAGACGUGUUGCCAAUUGUCAACAUAAACCGGCUUCAUGAUAAUAAUAAAACCUGUCUUACUAAGACCGGCAUUAGAACUAUAGGUUUUUUAAAAAGCAUUAUUUAUUUUUGCCCUAUUUCGGGGCCAUGGGUAUGGGGUAGAUUUAAAAAAAAAAUCCCUUACUGAGUAAUAGGGGUACAAAAUGCUACAGCUGAUCAUUGUGGUUUGUUGAACCAAGUCUAUAUUAACUGUAGUUCGCAUCCGUUUAAAAAAGUUUAAAUAAGAAUUGCUUCUUCCCCCUGUGUCAAGUCUGCUUAGGCAACGUGAAGCAAUGUUGAAUUCAGACUGUGUUGAUUUUCAGUCCGGAAAACAUGAGCCACUUUCCCUCCUCAGAAUGUAAGCUGUAAACUCAAUUUUAGGUCUGUAAGCCUGUUUGCAUUGUUACUAUGAUUUUAGUGCGAAGUGACCAAGUGCAAGUGCUUUAGUUGUGUAUGAACUGGCAUAAUUGUCUUCAUAAUUUAUUGUUCAGGGCUGAAGCUGAGCACAGUGAUGUAGAGUCUUUGGAUUACAGGCCAGAAGGUAAAUCCCUUUGGAUGAUACCAUGGUAUAGUCGCUCUAAGGUAAAGCACGCAUGUGGACACAUGCAGGCAGGCAUGGGCACAUGUACACACAUACACUUUCACACACACCAUGAACAAAGCUCAUUCCCAGCAACUGUGACAGCUGAAGCCCCAGGACUUGAUACAGCAAAAAUCUGUCGUCAGUGUUGGAAAGCCACAGUGUAUCAUGUGCUGUCCCCUAUGUGUUGUUGUAAGACAGGCUAGCUUACUGAGAGUGCAGAAGGCUUAUACCACCGUGAGAUGCAGGUCUUAGCCCCACCAGGUGCUUACCUGAAUAAGCAGAGUGUUCUACUCCUUUUGAAAUCCCCUCCCCCAGAAUGUCCUUAAUGGGCCCACUUUGGCCAUGGUCACACAAGGCACAAGGUGGGACUUGUACAAAUAGUGGCUGGUUCCCUUAGUAGCGGGUAGGACUACUUAGCUUGUGACACCGCUUUGACAUCCAACAAGAAAACUCUAUUAUUAAAUUGCAUUUACAUGUAAGAGAGAGGCAAAGCUGCCUUCCAUAUUUGGGCUUUGGAAGGACUUACUAGAGCUCAUUAUCUUCAUUUUAAAUGUCACUGAAAUAUUGGUAAACUGUACCAAGAUGCUUGAUUUCAAUUUUUGUGGUAUAAACUUAGUAUCUUAUAACUCACACAGAUUAAAACAAGUGGCGUUUUUCCAUGGGUUAAUUUGCAAGAUGUCAAGAUAGCAAAGCCCUUGAGAAAAUUCUUCAUCAUUGGAGUUGGCAGUUUUAAAUGUGUUUGAAUAUCGAGAUUAUUAUAGAAGUCAGCAGUUAAAGUAGAACUGGUUGACAUACAUAGGUUAUAUAGGUACUUAAAAAGUUAAGAAUUAGCAUCAGUUCUGUCCAGAAAUGGUUUGCUAUUUUGAUCCUACUUGACAACCAAAAUCUAAUGAGAACAUUACUAUGAGCUGAGUUAAUAUUCACUUUAUUUGCAACCCUGAUUAUGUUUUCUAUGUUGAGCUAUUAUUAUUUAAUAAUUGAGACAGGAAUACAUUUUUACUAAUACACUUCAUUAGAAAUAUAAAAGGGCUAACAAAAAACCAUAUAUAAAAGUUAAUAAAAUGUCACUCAGAUUAAUGUUUUAAUUAUUAAAAUUGUUCAAAUGUAACUAAUGAGUUCCAGAAAGCCUAUAUUAUCAUUCCAUCAAAAAUGCAACCUGGAAAUUUUGUGUCUUAUUGUGAUUCCUGGAAUACAUUCAUGCACUAGUUUUACACCAUGUGUAGCUGAUACAUUUGUCAAACUAUGCUCUGUAGCUUCUGAAGGGCAAAUGGAAAUGGCCAGUCCUGGGAAUGUUCUACUAGACUUGAGCUGCUCAGUUGGAGUGAUUCCCCUCUUCCCUCUGGCAAUAUUUUCAUUGCCAUGACUCAAGGGUGCUACUAGUAUAUAGUGCGGAGAGGCCAAGGAUCCUUUUAAAACAUCAUACAAGGCACAAGUUGGCCCCUUCUAGCAAGUAAUUACCCAAUCUUAAGCUAGUACCAAGUGAAGUUUUGACUGUUACACAUUAUCUUCACUCACGGAUAUGCAUACCUGCUCAGAGCACUCAAAAUAUGACUACAGUUUAAUGAACGUGUUUCCUUAGGGUGCGUUACAGUCUGGCAUUGCUUUCUAGCCAGAGUUCAUAUGUGUGCUCUGAAAUGCUUUUUUCUGCGGCUAGUCAGAUAAAUGUACUAAGCAAGAAUGUGUGCGGGGGGCGUGGGGGCAUGAAGCUAGACAUCUCUAUCUUAAUUGGGAUCUGAGAGGAUUCCAAGGAUCUGAGAAUUAUCUUGUAAGGUACUGUGACAUAUUUCUGUGAUUCUAUCGAAUCUAAACUCCCAUAAUUUUAUUUUAUUUUCCUGAAUAUAAGACCCGCAGAAUUGGAUCAGGUACUUUACCAAGUUUGGUCAGUUAUAUUUUAAUAGUACCAGCCCAUAAGAUUCAGCUCAGGGAACGUCCAGGUUAUGGUACGUGCGUUCAGUAAGUGAUUCAUGCUUGAUCACUUUGAGCACAUCUUCCAAGAGAGAGCAUCGUUUUCUGUCAUCAGGCUAAAUUGUAAACUGUUUUGUAAUGGCAAAAAGUAGUUUGCUUCAUGGAGGCAAAUAGAAGGGAGGAAAGUCUUAAUUUUUAUUGGCCCCAAUUUGAGAAUUGCAUCGAUUGCAAGAUCAUGAAAAAGGAUAAUCUCUUUUAUUUUGACCAGAUGUCAUAAAAGUAAGAUAGGUGAAGGAUUAAGUCAUUCUACAAGAAGAAAAGUCGUGUUUUAUCUGAGGGGUUUUUAUAUGGAAGAGAACUCCUGGAUGCGCAUGCAUCCUGUAGAAUAUUUUACCGAAAGUUAAAACCCAAAUUGUGCAUCUCAAUUGCGUGAUUCUUAACACAAAAUGUUAGGAGGUACUCCUUGGGUUUUUUCCUCUGUACAGUUCAGUUUUAGCUAUUUUAGCAGAGGUCAGAAAUAAAUGAUUGAAAAUGACAGAUGUUCAAACAGUCCCUUUUGUUUGGCUUUGUGAAGUCUGAUGCCCUUCUUUUGGCUAAGACCUUGUUAAGGCUGAAUUUAACUUGUACCUGAAGAAAGCUGAGCAGUGUGGUUUGCCAUGGGGAAUGACUGAAAGAAUCAUGGGGUUCCAUAUUUGCCAAAAAUAUUCUUAGACAAAGGAUUUAAAGGAAUGAUAGAAGUGAUCCAAAAUGGAAACAGUAAUGACAUCUCAUCAACACCUUGAGUAGUUUUACAUCUUUGUUGUAUGCAACCUACUAUUCCUUUGUUUGGAAACCAAGAGUUUAAAUUUCUAUUUGAAAAUAGGAGUUUGUGAAAUUUUUAACAGACAUAUCUGUGUUGGAAGAAAUCUAAAGGGGAAGAUGUCACCAGUUCAGAAUUCUAAGACUUUCCCACCAGACCCAGGUAGAAUCUGCCCUGUGUUUGUACAAGUCCAAAGAGCAGGAUCUGUAAGGACUUCUGGGGACAAGUAUGUGGAAGAGUGAAGACUGGGAGUAAUACUGCCUUAAUCGUUUCUGUACCUUGCUAGUGUAGAGGUCAGCUCUCAGAUCCAAAGACUUCUGGUGGGUGCGCAUCUGGUUGGAAGUGAGUUACCAAUUUCAGGCUGCCUGCAGCUGGAGUCAGCAUUAAAUAUAACAAGCAGUGUUGACAGCUUCAUUCUGCCAUGUGCCGGGGAGGGAAUCAUCACACCCCGGAGCUCUCAGCAUUCAAGGAAUCAGAGAGGUCUCUGCCCUUGACAUUGACUGUCCGUCUCCGUCCUGUUCCUGGAGCAGGCUUGGCUCUAAGCUUGAGCUGAUACAUGUGACUAGCGAGGUGCUGUAGAAAUGUGCUGAGGACCUUAAAAUGUUCUACUGCCUUCAUCUGUUUUGCUAUUGUUUAACUUGUGCUCUCUAAAUUUGGGUGUCUUGUCUUAGAGUCUGGUCACCCUGACCUGAUUGUAACCCUGCCCUGGCUUAUGAAAAGCAGGGCUUUCUUCCUCAUUCAGAUGGGCUUUCUGGGUUCUUGAAGCUAGCGGGAUGUCAGAUAUUCUGCCUAGAUGCCCCUCACUGUGAGGACACAGUACUACAGGUUGAAUGUUAUAAAAUUCCUGUUUUAUAAGUUGAUGGAGACAUGAAUCUCCACAGCCUUUUUCCUUCCUGUUAGAAAUGGAUACUGUCUGCUUCAUCUCCAUCGUUGCAUUGUCUUUUGAGGUUUUUUUUUUUUUACAUACAUCUUAGAGGUGAGAGACUGAGGCAAGUGCAUGAAUGGGAUGCUUAUUUAAACAUAACAGGACCUCUGAUCAUCAUUACCGUAAGGAACAAUGCAGGCUUCUGUUUCCUUCCUCGGUUUUUCUCUCCUUCCCUCCCUCCCUUCCUGCCUCCCUCCCUUCCUGCCUCCCUCCCUUCCUCCCUUCCUCCCUUCCUCCCUUCCUUUCUUAUACCAGCAUUUCUGAUUUCUUCUCUCCCUGACACUUAAGGAACACAUGACAUAAAUUGACAUUUGAUGCCUGUGAACAUUUGCAUAGUAGCCAAAGCCUUUGAGAAACACGGUAGGGGAAUUACAUUUUAUGGUCACUCAUUCAUCCACUUGCCUGUGUCCCUGUUGACCCUAAGACUGUGCCUAAAGCCUUUUCGAUUGUGUUUUCCCGUUGAAGCUGUGGGCGUUCUAGAAUCAAUGAUGCUAAGCUCUCUGGGAGUUUUCUGGAAUGACAGCCAAUUACAUUCAAUCCUGUCUCUUUCUGCCUCUUUUCAGACUUUAACCCAGGUAGUUUUCAUUAAAAAAAAUAUAUAUGUUUUGGACAAUACCAAGAAACAUAUAAGAGAUGUGAUUUAAUCCCAGGCAGAGAAAAUCUCUAUGCAGGAAAACAAAAUUAUAAUUUAAAAGGAUUAACCAGCAUUUACAACAAAACAGGCUGAACUCAUGGCUUUUAAUUUGAAAGGAGCAUGGGGAGGGUGCUCAGAUGGCCGCUAAGCAAAGAAUGAGGGAGAGGUUGGACAGCCCAGAGUGAAGCUUUUUGAAAAUAUUUUAAAGGAAAUAUAUAAUCAUCCCGUUGUUAGGUUUAAGGAUGAAAAGCCACUGGAGGAAAGAGCAGGAGAGCCAGAGUGUGAGACUCCGGGGGUGGGGGGACACCUGCUUUCCGCUCUGCCCCUGUCAGUCUCACGGCCCCCACCUCCUUGUCCCACCAUGCCUUGCGCUCCUUGGCGGCUGAAACCAGUGAAAGGAGCACUCCCAUUUCCAUGUCACUCUUUCAUCUGGGCUUUAGUGCAUCCUCCCAAAAGAAGGUUACGGCUGAGAUCUCCUGUCCCAGUGACGGGAAGGGAUAGCAGAAGUACCGCCAUAAACGUGACCCUCUGAAAUGUGGUCCCCAUUGCUGUGUGUAGCUUGGAGGAGACUUCAGUCCCCUGCUUCCACAACUUCUUCAGCAAGAAACGUGUGGGUCCACUGUCCCUAAAGCAGAUCCUGCUGCUUUCUCUCCCCUGUGUACUAGAGUACUUAGCACACAGACUCAGAUGCACGCCGGUUAACGUUAUUUAUGGAGACGGCUGCUUGGACGAGGCUGGGAAGUGGCAGAGGGUGCCUUAACUUUUUCUGCUUUGACUACCACUUUCUUACGUGUGUCUUUGAUGCGCUUCUGUCCCUUUAGAGAUGUACUUGUGUUCCAAGUUGUAUGUGUAUCAUCAGCAAGAACUGACAAAUGUAGCAAAUGUGACUGUUUUAUAGAAAUGCACAGUUGUCUACAUAGGCUUUGGAGAAGUCUGAUAACCAUAUGUAAAUAUUCCUUGUUGAAGUAGUAGAGCCUUCUGGUAGGAAGCUCCUUAGAUGAUAGCUACAUGAGGACUUAAAAAUUAUGAAUGUGUAUUUCUCUAGCAAAUUCUAGUGUUCCUGGAAGCAAGGAAUCAAUCAGUCGCUUCCUCAUGCAGUCUUAAGCAUCGGUUCCAUGGGCUGUCUUGAUGGUAGAUUACUGCAAGCCACUCCCCUCAUACGAUACAGGAGUCACAAUUUAGGGUGAUCUGUGGACACUGGGGUACACCGCAGUCAGAGACUAGGGAGAAGGGGAGAGAAUAAAUCAGUAGAGUUCCAUGGAAAAGCCUGCUUUAUCUCUGAAGAAUCUGGAAUAUCACUAGACCUUAGCUACCGAUACUGCAUUGUUGAUCUGAAACCGUUAGAAACAAGUACUUUCUGGUCUCUUCACUCUGUAGCUGCACAUUAUAUAUUAUUCCACACAUGUGCAGGCUGUGUUAGGAGCUGCUUUUUCAGAGACUGAAGGCCAGAAGAAAUAGAAAAACUCAGAUAUUCCUCUUUUCUUAUACAAUGUAGUGUGACCACCAGUCCAUGAAUGUAAUAAUGCUGGAGAAGAUUUUAGAUUAGGCUAUAAAAUGGAAGUCAUCUUUGAAGUGCAUAUGAAAUCGCUUCUUCCAAUUAAAGCCAAACUCCACAGGCAGAAAGUGUGGGGAAAUCAGUUCUCCUCAUUUCUUUUUUUAGAGUUUCAUAUAAAAUGUAGCAGGUAAGAAAAAAAAAACCUUUAAUUGGUACUUUUUAUAGUGCGACUUGAAAAACUAGUGUCUGUCUACUGGUUCUAUUGAGUUGUUUCUUUAUGCAGAAUCUAAAUGCAAUGUCAUAGGAGGAGGUUUGCUGUGAAAACAUGUCUUUUUACUUGGUGUCUUCAUUGUAAUUAUGGCUGGCAGUGAGAAAGUUCACUAAGUCUCAAUUUCUCUACCUCCUUUACAUGGAGAAAAUUUGGAAACGUACCCUGUGAAUAAAAUGGUUUUUUUA